CGUUCUCCCACCUGAACGUCUUCCUCGCUUGUUUUGACUGGUAGAUUUUAGCCUUCCGUCUUUCUUUCAGUUUACAGAGAUGAAAACGUAUGAAGCUUUCUUCUUAAAUGGAUUAUCUUCUAUGCCAUGGAAAAUGUUACUGAUGAUCGAAAAGAGGAAAUUUUCUCGAAUGACGACGAACAGAAUCUUCGUGACCAGCUUCGAGAAUCGCAGAUCCGAAAUGAUGCUCUUCUCAAUGAAUUGGAAGCUCUUCAGAUUUCGUAUCGUGAUCUUCAAUCAAGAUCCGUGGUUAUGGAGGAUAACUUGAUCCUCCUUCAACAGCAGAAAGAGGAAGCUCUAAAACACAACUUCGAUCUCGUUAAUUCUCUCGAGCAAACCUCAAGCGAAAAAGACGCUCUCCAGAGCGAACUUCGUUUAUUAGAGGUCUCUACGAGAGAACAUCAAGAUGAAUUGAUGAGACAACGGGACGAGGAAUUGAAGGGGAAUUUGGAUCUUCGGAACGAAGUUGAAGUUUGUCGAGAGAAGAUUUCUGUAUUGCUAGAGGAAAGGAGCAAGCGAAUUCAGAUUUUUUCUCGAAGUAUGGAUUUUCUUCUCUCAGUUAAAGAGUGCUUGAUGAGGAUCAUCGAGAGAAUCGGUGAACAAAAGCCAGAGAGUGUUAUUGAAGAAGGAGAAGAAGAAGAGCAGAUAAAAGAAGAGGCUGAUUUGGACGAGGAAUCAAAGGGUCUUUUAUCAGAAAAAAUGGUGGUUCAUAAACUUACGAUGUCGGUGGAAUCGAGGUUAACAGAGUUCGAAGAAAUGAGGAAGAAGGAGAAAAGGCAGUUGGAGAAUAGUAUCGUGAGUUUGACUGAAGAAAACAGAGACAUUAAUAGCUUGCUCAGGAUUGCUCUAGUGGAGAAGGAAUCAGUUGAAAGGGCUCUUAAUAGACUGAAAGGAAGUGGUGAACAGAGAAGAGUGGCAAUUCUUCAAAUUGCAGAGAGAGGGUUGCAGAAAGUUGGAUUUGGGUUCAUGAUGGGUGCUUCAACCGGUGAUUCAACAGAUAAUUCUGGUCCUAACACAUGCAAUAAAUCAGACAGUAGUGAAUGCGAAGAGGAGGUUGUUAGUCUGGCUUCAACUGUAGAGAAGAUAAUGAAGAAUUUACGGCUGGAAAUCACUGAAUUAAAGAGAUCCUUGGAUGAAUCUAGGUCAGACUCUGAGCGUCUACAGAGUCUUACAGAGAAACAAGCUCAGGAAAUUGCAGAGAACAAGUUGUACAUACAAGAGUUGGAAGAAAGAGAGAGUAGGCUGGCCCAAAAUGUUGAAGAGCUCAUGAUGGAAAUAACAGAAUCUGAAGAGGAGGUUUCUAGAUGGAGGGAAGCUUGUGAAUUGGAAGUGGAAGCUGGGAACAAUGCCAUUGAAGAGCGUGAUAGAGAGGCUGCAAAUCUCAGGGAAGAGCUGGAGAAGACAAAGGCCUCUUUGGAAUUGUGUAACAGCAAGUUAAAACUAAAAGAAGAUCUUGCUACUGCAGCCAUGACUGCACAGGCAGCAGCUGAAAGGUCUCUCCAGCUAGCGGACAGCAGAGCUGCAGGAUUUCGUGAGCGGAUUGAGGAACUGACAAGGCAGCUAGAAGAGGCCGAAAACAAAAGGGAGCGAAGUAGCCGACGUAAGGUGAGGCGUAUCUGUUGGCCAUGGCGAGCCCUCAAGGUGAACCCUAGUACGAGAGGUCGGAGUGUUAGACGGAUGAUACCAGAAAUGGAAGCCUUGCUUAACCACGACAUCUGAUCUGAUGAUAUGAUAUUGCUCGGUUGUUUUUUCUUUUUUGGGCUGAAGCUGAUUAUUUGCCUCUGCCCUUUUUUUAAGAAAAAAAAAUUGCGUUUUUUACAUGUUACCUUACACGGAGUGGAGAAUUUGCUUCCUUUCAAUGCAAUGAUUUAAUGCAGUUGAAAGAUUUA